AUGAACUCGCGGCUGCGACACUGGCGGGAGGCCGCCACGGUGCUCCUGGCAGCCGGCGGCUCUUGCCGGCGACCAGGCGGCGCCUUCGACUACGAGCUGCUGCUGCUGCGGCGGAGCCCGCGCAGCUCGUUCCUGCCCAGCGCCCACGUCUUCCCGGGCGGCGUGGUGGACGCGGCCGACUUCUCGCCCGACUGGCUGCGGCUGCUGCCGGACCGGCCGCGCUGCGGGCUCAGCCCCGUGCGGGCGGGCGGGCCGCGGGCGCCCCUCUUCGCCGACGAGCGCCCCGAGUUGAGCUCGGCGCUGCCGGGCGACGUGGCCUUCCGCAUCUGCGCGAUCCGAGAGACCUUCGAGGAGGCCGGCGUGCUUUUGCUGGUGCCCGACGGCCACCCCGCCGGUGAGCCCGCCGCAGCGGGCCCGGUCCGCUUGCUGCCCGCCGAGCGCUUGCCGCCGGCCUCCGAGCUGGCCGAGUGGCGGCAGAAGGUGCAGCGGCAGCCCGGCAGCUUCUUGCAGCUGUGCCGCCAGCUGCGCUGCGUGCCCAACAUUUGGGCGCUGCACGAGUGGAGCAACUGGCUGACUCCGGCCGGGCGCGGGGGCCGCCGCUACGACACGGCUUUCUACCUCUGCUGCCUCGGGCAGGGCCCGCCGCAGGCCUCGCACGACGAGGUCGAGUUGACGGCGUGCCAGUGGUCAACACCCUCAGAAGCUCUUGAACUCUUCAAGUCUAAAGACAUCUGGAUAGCACCGCCUCAAUUUUAUGAGUUACGCAGACUCUGCAAUUUCUCAUCACUUCAUGAUCUGCAUAGGUUUGGCUUUGAACGAGCUUCAGAAGGAUGUGAACGUUGGCUGCCUGUUCUUUUGGUUGCUCCAGAUGGCCACAUGCAACUUUUACCAGGCGAUGAAUUGUAUCCAGAAGAUCCCGACGUUACAGGAGAAAGAAAGCCAAAUUUGGCGACACAUAAAAGGAUUGAAGAUCUAAUGAAAGGGGCCAAUAAUCUUCACCGGAUAGUGACGCGAGACCUUCAUAACGUUACUGUCCAUGUGAACAUUCAACCCAAAUAUAAACACAUAAACCCAUUAACGAUGGACUCUAAAGUGGGAAAUAAUGAAGAUUGCAAUAGCAAAUUAUAAUCUUUUUGAUAUUGGCAUUUCUAAAUUAAUUUACAUUAUAAUAUAUAAAACAUUCUAUAUGACAGUUUCUAAGUAGGCUGCUCUGGAAAGUUCAAACCUUGCUAAACAACAUGUAUUUCAAGAGCAGCAAGGAUUAAUAUAUGCUUGUGCAAUUUUGUCUACAUACCUCAAGCCUAAUGUAAAUGAUGUAAGCUUCAGUCUGUGCACCUCUGUAAUCUCUCCAAAUUUUGUGCAAAUGUGCCAAUUCUGGAGUGGACAUCUGUCUGCUAAGAACUUGACCUUAAUCUACACAUUUAUAGAUUUAGGUCACUGAAGAGCCAGUGGGGCAAUAUUUGGCCAUGAUCAGCCUAGGUCAUUUGUCCAUAAUGGGAUGAACUGAGUAUCAAUAUAGUUAAAUAUAUUGAACUAUCCUACUUUUCUUAUUAAAAAUGUAGAAACUCUUAGCAUGUUUACUCAAAAGCAAACCUCACCAUAUUCAGUAGGAUUUACUUCAAAAUAAAUGUGCUCAGGAUCACAUACAUACAAGCCCCGUAAUUUCAGGUGAUUAUUACUAACUAUACUCAGAAGUCCUAUUUAUGGUAGAUAUACUUUUGUAGACACGCUAAUUUGUAAGUGUUGUCUGUAAUUGAAUAAUUUCAUUGUAUGCUUGGAUUUCAGUUCUUGUAACUUGAAAUGUCAGCUGGUGCACAUGUAAAAGCACAAUCCUAUGCAUGUUUAGACAGGACAAAGUCCAGCAACAUGCUGGCUGGAGAAUGCUGGGAGUUGCUGUCUAAACAUGCAUAGGGUUAUGCUCUAAAUUAGCUCUGUAGACUGAGUUUAAUUUAUUCUUGAGUUUCUGUUAAAAAUAAAUAUUUAUUUUCAGCAA